AUGUCUAGCAGAAGAUCUAGUUCGAGACAAUCUGGUGUUUCCACUGAGAUCUCUGAUGCUCAAAUUAAUGAUCUCAUCACCAAGUUGCAACAACUUAUCCCUGAACUUGCAAGGCGUUCCAACAAGGUUUCAGCUGCUAAAGUGUUGCAAGAGACUUGCAAUUACAUCAAAAACUUGCAUAGAGAGGUUCAUGAUUUAAGUGACCGAUUAUCACAACUUUUGGACACUAUAGAUCCUAACACUCCUCAAGCAGCUAUCAUUAGGAGCUUAAUUAUGUGA